GAUCAUCCGGGAACAUAGCGAGCUGGAACUCACGCUGAGCUCAGGGGGAGGAGCUAAGAGGCAGAUAAAAGGCCCAGCGCAGCAGAGCACAGAUCUAACUUGACUUGAGUCUGGACACAAGGAUCUGACAGUCAGCCGUGGACCAGAACUAAAACCUUCUGCUUUUGGCCAAGGGGAUACAGCAUGUCCGAAAUGCUUGACGAUAUCUUCACCAAGAACUUCAUUAACCUGGCUCUGGAAGAUGCCUUCCCUAAACAGUCUCAACUCAAAGGCCCGGGGCAGAGUCGGCUGAACAGGACAGACUCCUUCUUCUCCUCCCCCACCCCUCCUUCCUCCUCGAGCCACAGCUUGAGCACCGACCAUGUCAACAACACCGACAGCGGCAGCCCUUUCUGGUCAUCCAACAUCUGGAGCCAGGGCCCCGUCUCAAAAUCUAAACAGCUCCCCUACAGACCCGACCGCUCCAUGAGCCUGACCGAGUCCAGCAGCAGCCUGCUGUCCUCCUUCGGACCGCUGAACCUGGAGGCCUUUCCUUCCGCCUCCACCGUGGCUCCCCCGCCCGGCUUCCCUCCCUCAUCGAACCUGGCGGCCCUGGUUCCGCAAGUGGUGGCCCCCAAUCGUUACAAGACGGAGCUGUGCCGCGGCUUCCAGGAGACGGGCAGCUGCAAGUACGGCAGCAAGUGCCAGUUUGCCCACGGCGAGGCGGAGCUGCGUGGACUGUUCCGCCACCCCAAGUACAAGACGGAGCCCUGCAGAACCUUCUACAACUUUGGCUACUGCCCCUACGGGUCACGCUGCCACUUCAUCCACGAGGACAAACUCAGCGGCAGUCCGUUGUCCACUGCCAAGUUCGCCAAUCAGCAGCAGCAAAUUCCCAACACCACCGGGGGCCAGAAUCCGCGGCACCAGCUGCGCCAGAGUGUCAGCUUCGCCGGGUUCCUGGGCUCGUCGCGCUGCUCACCUCCUGCAUCGUUCCUUUCGUCCGUCAUCGACCCCAACCUGGGCUUCAGCCGCGCCCCGUCCGUUUCUCCCCCUCCCGCUGACCUUCGCUCCCCAGUGUUUGCCGACUCCCUGCAACGGGAGGCGGCGGCGUUCCAGUUUGGCAGCCAUCAGACCCGCGCCAGCACCGGAGACAUCCACAACAUCCCUCUCAUCCUGGAGCCCAAAAGCUCCCACUGCGUGUGCGGCCAUGGAAAUAACUAUAACAGCAACAACAGCAGAGCCGCCAGCGUGGACGAAGGGCACCACCAGGACGCCGGCGCGCCGUUUCCUGGUCCCGGAGCCCAAAGAGGCUUCAUGAAGCCCGGCGCGCUGCAGCGUUUCUCCUCGGAGGACUCCCUGGAGGACAGCUACAGCAGCAGCAGCAGCAGCGGAGGCUCCAGUGGAACCGAGUCCCCGACGUUCGACGCAGCCACCAAGCGGCUCACUGUGUUCGAACGCCUGUCCCUGUCCGACUAGACGGGUCCAAAGAGAGGGAACGGAGGAGAACUGACACGUUUCUGUUGUUCUGAACGUCUCUUCAGAACCAGAAGUGUUCAGGACGAGUCGAGUUGACACAACAACACUUAAUGUUCUUGAUUUAUCUUCAUAAUAACGGAGCUCAUCUUGGGAUAAACUACAUACUGAGAUGAUUUAAGAAUCCACAUGUUAUCAGACUCUAUUUUUAUACUAUCAGGCCUUUGUAUGUGGUCUUCCAUAAGAAAAUUAACUCUUUUGCAGGUGUUGCCAGUACCAGUUAAUAGCCUGGUUUGCCCUUACUGUUAAUCUGUAGUUAUUCUGGCUAAUCUUUAGCAAUAAUCAUUCACUCUUGUGUCUUUAAGAUUCUCCCUGCCUCAUAGGCCAUUUACUCUCGGUGCCAAAAAACAGUAAGUUUGAUUCAGUAGCCUUAAUCAGUGAGACUUGACAUGUGUCAUUGAUGCCAUUUUAUCUGUGAUAUGCACUUUACAGCUAAUCCAAAUGGGAAAAACUCCCAGUAGCAUUCAACCAAAGCUUCAUUCUUCACUCUGCUCUGUGUGUGUGUGUGCGUGUGUGUGUGUCUGUACAUGUGCGUGUGUGAGUGUAUAUGUGUAGCCAUAUCGUUUUCCUGAUACUCGGGGUGCGAGCAUGCAAAAUACUUAAAGAUCAAAGUGUGUUAACAGAAAAGAAAAUGAUGGUCAGUGAGUUUAGAUAUGAAUCUGACACACUUUGUAAAAUAUUCUGUUAUCUUCGCUAGCUUGUAAAUUCCACCCCCUCUUUUUAUUGUCCCCUGUUUCUUUGACAACCUGGUUCAGGGCCUUUAACACCGCAGUAUUCCUUUGGUCAUUGGUUGCCUUGUUAACUUAAACUAAUAUAUUUAUUAUGAUAUUUAUUUGUGUUGUAGAAAAAAAAAUGUAUUUUGUACUUUAUUUAUGGAGAUAUAUUUCAACGUCUGUGAAAUACCAAUGUGAGAAACAGAAAAAAGAGAUUCUUAUAUUUUUAAUUUCCUGAAAGGGACAAAAAUAAUUUCAGAAUAAAGACAUGAUUUGAAGCAA